CAGGUGACAUUCGCGAAGCUAAGCAACAGUAGCGAGGAGGGGCGUCAAGAGAAUGGCAUCAGCUUCGUGCAGUCGGGCCUGCUGCUGCAUCUGGUGCUCACUGCUCUUAGUCCUGCUGUGGACCAGGAGAUAAGGACUGAGAUUGAAGAUGCUACUGGUUAUGCGCCUACGGAAGAGGAAAGAACACUCAUCCUCAACAGCGUCCUAUCCUGGCUGCCCCCAUCCAGUGCAUCUCUAAAAUUCCGUCGCGCCGCGCGGCUGGUGGCGGCGCCGGGAGUCCCCGUGGGCGCGGGGCUCGGGCUGCGGGUGGACCGGCUCAAAGGGACGGAGGACCCGGCGGAGCUGGCCAGGGUUCUUAAUGAUAUGUUUACCACCGAUCAGGUAGAGAAAGACUCCGGCGGAUCCCUUCGCGAGACGUUCGAGGAAGAGGAGCUUACGGGCGGCGUGUGCGCGGCGCUGCUGAGCACGGCGUACCUGCGCGCGCGCUGGCGGGCCGCGCCCACGCUGCUCAACCACUCGAGCGCCUUCCGCCGCCCCUCCCCCGCCGCCCCCGGCGACACCCGCGCGCUGCGCCUCACCGACCAGCUGGGGUACGCCGACCUACCCGACUGGGACGCAGAGGCGAUAGAGAUCCAGUACUUGGAGCCAGGAUUGAGUCUGCUACUGGUGGUCCCCCGAGAGCCCUCGCUGCGGUUGCUCGCCCAGCGCCUGGCGGCCGAGGGAAUCUCGCCCGUAUUGCAACGGCUGCAAGAGCGACGCCUGGCCGUCGUCAUGCCGCUCUAUACAUUGAGGAUGACUCUUCUACUGCCUAAUAAGCUGGAGAGUAUGGGAGUGAGCGCGCUGGUGUCGGGGCGCGGCGGGUGCGGCGCGCUGCGGCUGUCUCACGCCGUGCAGAGGAUCAUGUUCUGGGCAGAAGCGGGACGGCACGCGUACAAAGAUGAUGGCAUAGAGUGGGACGCCCCCGCCGAGCGGGAGGUGGCGGUGGACCGCCCCUACGCGUUCUACGUGCGCUGGCGCAACGUCACUCUCAUGAACGGACACUUCGUACUGUGACCGUUACAUUACUAAUAAAGGUACACCUUCACAGGAAA